AUGAUGAAAAAUGAUCAUUUAAAACAUGAUGAAUUGAUCAAAAUUAUCAGCAAAUGUCGUUCAAUUGUGACUCAUUUCAACCAUAGUGCUAAAUCUUCCUAUAAAUUGAUAGAUAUUCAAAAUCAAAUGGGUCUAGAAACGCUUAAAUUGAAGCAAGAUGUCCCAACUCGGUGGAAUGCAACUUUAUUUAUGUUGGAACGGUUGGUCAAAGUUAAAAUUCCUCUUUCAGCUACUCUGCCACUUAUACAGUCACCUGUACCAUCUCUAAAUGCUUCUGAGUGGGAUAUAAUUGACGACUGCAUUGCUUUACUCCAGCCUAUAGAAAAAAUGUCAACAUUUUUGUGCGGAGAAGCUUACCCUACACUAUCCAGUGUUAUACCAUUAGUAAGAGGACUUCAAAGUGUACUAAUAAAAAAGAACCCCCAAACAGAUGCAGGUAAACAUCUAAAAUCAUCACUAAUUGAAGUCAUUGACAAAAGACUGAAUGUUUAUGAAAAUAACAGGACAUCAGCCAAAGCAACGUUCCUGGAUCCUCGUUUUAAGAAAAAGGCCUUUGGUGUUGAAUCCAAUGCCCAAAACGCUCAGAAGUGGGUAAUUGAAGAACUGACCAAACUCCAACCCGAAUCAAGACAACCUCACACACAAAGCCUACCACCACAACCUGAGCCAAGGCAAUCAGAAGAGGACAAUCUGUGGGAAACUUUUGAAAAAAAGGUAGCUGAAUUGACCACCUUUCAAACGCCAACUUCUUCAGCAACAAUAUUGAUAAAUCAGUAUAUAGAACUACCGUAUUUAGACAGAAAAGCGAAUCCACUCCAGUUUUGGGAAGAGAGGAAGCACAUUUUCCCUUCACUUUAUAAACUAGCCCAAAUGUAUUUGUGUAUUCCUGCAACUUCUGUUCCUUCUGAACGUUUGUUUUCUAAGGCUGGGAUGGUUGCCAAUGAACGCAGGAACAGACUACUGCCUAAAAAAUUGGACAGUAUUUUAUUCUUAAACAGCUGGAGCAAGCCUACAGUACCAAAUUCAAUGAGUCGACAAAUAUACAACAAGAGCAUAGCUAUGUCUGCAAUGAUAGUCCUAUAUCACAUAAACCUACACAGAAUGAAGGAGAAAAACGGUGUAGAUCUCAAUGAAAUGUUGGAAAAUAACAUGCCUGAUUUGGAUACAAGCUACCUGGAUAUUUCAAAAAUGGAAAUUGUGUACGACUUUCCAAAUAUUUCAUUUGAUACCAGCAAAUCACAAGAACCUAGUCUAACAGAUUCAAUAUUAGAUGAUGGUGAUAGUGUUCAAUUAUCUGGUGCUAUUGAAAUUACAGAUAAUAUUGGAAGAAUGAUGGUAGAAAAUGGAACUAACCAUGCACCAGAUGAUCUUAACUCUUUUCAUAUUGUUCCUCAUCUGGAAAUGGAAGAGCAUGAGAGUAUGCAAGAUGAUGACCCACUAAUUACUGGAAAAUCAAAAUAA